GGGAGGGGAAGACAAAGAAAGGGGUGCGGCAACUGGCAGGCACCCGACCGGAGCAGAGUGACCUCAGCGCGGGAGCAGCCUCUCAGCCUCAGAGCCGGCGGCCAGGGCAGCUGCGGGGCACACACAGUCCCUUUCUCCUCUGCGCUCCGCCGGCCGCAGGGGGGACCCGGGCCCGCUGGCCAGCCCGGUGCCACCCUCAGCACAAAUUGGAGCGCUGGGCUCUUGUGGGGACCAUCCCAGGCCACAGCCCAGCUGCCUGCCUUCCUGCUGCUCCUCUGGGUGAUGGACACCCGGACCCCGGCCGCCGCCCAGGGCAGGGCCCUCUGGGCUCUCCUCCUGGCCACACUUGGCACCACAGCCGGCCAGCCGCUGCGGGGAGACUCCGUGUGCACGGCCCGGCCCCUGGCCAAGUACCGCAUCACCUUCACGGGCAAGUGGAGCCAGACGGCCUUUCCCAAGCAGUACCCACUGUUCCGGCCGCCCGCACAAUGGUCUUCCCUGCUGGGGGCAGCGCACAGCUCCGACUACAGCAUGUGGCGGGAGAACCAGUACGCCAGCAACGGGCUGCGGGACUUCGCGGAGCGGGGCGAGGCCUGGGCCCUGAUGAAGGAGAUCGAGGCGGCCGGCGAGGAGCUCCAGAGCGUGCACGAGGUGUUCUCGGCCCCCGCCGUGCCCAGCGGCGUGGGGCACACCUCCGCGGAGUUCGAGGUGCACGCCCGGCACUCACUGGUGUCCUUUGUGGUCCGGAUUGUCCCCAGCCCCGACUGGUUUGUGGGCGUCGACAGCCUGGACCUGUGUGACGGGAACCGCUGGAGGGAGCAGGUCACCGUGGACCUUUUCCCACAUGACGCGGGGACAGACAGCGGCUUCACCUUCUCCUCCCCCAACUUCGCGACCAUCCCGCAAGACACGGUGACCGAGAUCACCUCCUCCUCUCCCAGCCACCCGGCAAACUCCUUCUACUACCCGCGGCUGAAGGCCCUGCCCCCCAUCGCCAGGGUGACCCUGGUGCGUCUCCGGCAGAGCCCCAGGGCCUUCGUGCCUCCCGCCAUCGACCUGGCCGGCAGGGGCAACGAGAUCGGGGACGGUCUCUCGGCUCCAGAGACGCCGCUGGACUGCGAGGUCUCCCUCUGGUCGUCCUGGGGGCUGUGCGAGGGCCUGUGCAGGAAGAUGGGAGCCAGGAUCCGGACGCGCUAUGUCCGCGUGCAGCCGGCCAACCACGGGGCACCCUGCCCUGCGCUGGAAGAGGAGGCCCAGUGCGUCCCUGACAACUGUGUGUGAGCCCUGAGCCAGGCUGGCCGCCCCGCAGCGUCACCUGAGCCGCACUGCGGACCGGCCGCUCUGCACAGCGCCCGCGGGCUGGAGGGGCAUCGGAGCAGGCGUCUCCUUCCUGCAAGUCCCCCUCGUGGCUGUGGCCCCACGUCCUAAGGUCCGCUCGUGUGGAGACGCACACGUCUGCUCUAACCCACGUCCGGCGCGUACGCCACCGUGCGGCUGUGGUCCUCCGUGCCCAAUGCCUGGCUGGGUGCCCUGCAGGACAGCCACCCGCCCCGGCCCAGGAGCGCGAGCCGCACGAGCUGGCUGUGAAAUACCUCGGUCCUGGUGCCCGGGCACCGCUGGCACAGGAGCCCUCACCAUGUCUGCUCCUCAGAGCAAGGCUGCCCGGGCACUGGCUGCUCCUGGCAUCCAAGCAGUGACGCCAUAGAAGAUAAAAAGGGGUCAGGCUGGGGUAUCUCACCUGGCAUUGUCACAUGACUGAUCUUGCACUUGAAUAAAGACUAUGAUUCCUGA